GCGUAAACCUGGGCAGACGCACGUCUGGCAGACACAACGGGCACACUGAAGGACUAUUGUGGACGAAUCGAAAUGAAAAGGAAUCACGACUUUAGCUCCUCGGACAGCGAGCUGGAUGAGACUAUUGAAGUGGAGAAGGAGAGCGCAGAUGAGAAUGGGAACAUGAGCUCUCCUCUCGGCUCCAUGUCUCCCACUACAUCAACUCAGGUGCAGGCGAGGAAAAGGCGUCGAGGAAUAAUUGAGAAACGGCGCCGUGACAGGAUCAAUAACAGUCUCAGCGAGCUCCGCAGGCUGGUCCCCAGCGCCUAUGAGAAACAGGGCUCAGCCAAGCUGGAGAAAGCAGAGAUUUUGCAGAUGACUGUUGACCAUCUGAAGAUGCUUCAUGCGGCCGGAGGCAAAGGUUACUUUGACGCCCACGCCCUGGCGAUGGACUACCGUGGCUUGGGUUUCAGGGAGUGCCUGGCUGAGACGGCCCGCUAUCUGAGUAUAAUCGAAGGCUUGGACAGCACAGACCCACUGCGGAUCCGUCUGGUCUCCCACCUGAACAACUACGCCAGUCAGAGAGAGGCUCACUCCGGCUUGAGUCACCUGGCGUGGGGCUCUGCAUUUGGAUCCCCUACUGCCCACCUCACCCACCCCCUCCUUCUCCAGCACCAACAGGGCGCACCUUUGGCACCUUUACCCCGCAGCGCCACCAGCAGCCCGCAAACUCCUCUGUCAUCUACAUCCACUUCAUCCACAUCUUCCUCCUCUUCGUCGUCAUCGUCCUCGUCGGUUGCAGAGACUCACGUCCCAGGCAGGCGCAGCAGCAGCGCCACCCCCCACUCAGACCAAGGCCCAAUCCGGGUCCCCCCCACGACUGCCACUCCUACCAAUGUCCUGCACCCCGCCUUGGUCCCCUCAUCAGCGUCCAAACUCUCCCCUCCUCUCCUGUCCACCCUCUCCGCGUUCCCCUUCCCCUUCAGCGCCUUCCCCAUCAUCUCCCCCACCAACGCCAUCAGCCCCCCGGCGCCAACAUCCAGUGUGGGGAAACCCUACAGACCCUGGGGUAUGGAGAUAGGAGCUUUCUGACUGAAGUGAACACCUCAACACAAUCUACGUAUAGACUGAACUCACUACCCAGCUGAGCUGGACUUUCAAGGACAAGACUUUUUAUUUUUCCUUGCUAAGAAAGUACUAUUUUUUCUAUGAUGAUGACAUCCCACUGAGGAUAUACCUAGCUAUAGGAUUUUUAUUUUCUUGCAAAUGUGUUGUGUUUUGUAUAGAAGAAAAAAAAAACUUUGAGGAGGGAGACCACAACUAAAAAGCAACAAGCGUGAUUUAUUGUGUUGAUUGAUCUGUGUUCCUGCCCACCCCUUUAGAAGUUUCACCCACUGUUUUCAGCCUAUCAGGAAUGGCUUUUCCAGAUGGUCAAGCAGUUGCCGUCCGUCGAGUUCGUGGGCGAAACUGUCCCCCCUUUGUUCUCCCCCCUGAGCUGAAACACCCAGUGCUGAUGCCCUGGUUACACAGAGAGGGGUGGUGUGAAAGGAGGGCUUGAGGUGGUAGAGAGUCACCCCCCCUUUUUACAGCAUUUUAUGGGGUGGAAUAACCGAAACCAGGUGUUUGUUUGACUAAAUACUGGGAACAGAAGCUAGCUACCAGCUUGGCUGAAAUAAACUUAACCAUGAUUUACCCACAACCUCUGAUGCUCAUAUGGUGCUCUAUUGUUUAAGCUUGCUUCCUCAAGUUAUGUUUCCUCUCUACAGUAAAUUCUGUCCUUAACAAUCAAAGCUUCACAUAUGCUUUACCAGUUUUUACCAGCUUUUUCUAGUUUUUUUUCUCAUGUAAAUGAUGUUAGGGUGAAUUUUAUCACAUUAUUUCUUGUAUUUGCCCGGCACAGCAGCAUUGUUAGUCAGUAUUUGCCAAGAUGGAGUCAUGCUUUAUCCGUCAAAGCAGUUGCAGUAAAACAAGGCCAUAUAAAGUUCAGUUUUUUUUUUGUCAUUAUUGUCCUUAGAGACAUUUAGAAAUCUUAACUCAUCAUUUCCCCCCUGAUAUUUGUCAAUCUCCUGGUAACCCUCACUGUGAGGUAUGUGUGUGUAUAUUUUAUGGUUGUACAAAACACAAGCGGGCACUGACAAAUCAGAUUUUCAGCUUUUCAAAGUUGUUGCUGGUGGUAUUGACAACUUCCCUUUAA